AUGGGGAAAGAUCAGUUGUCCUCAUCAAGCGAGGCUGCAUCUACAAGGCAGAAGAAUGUGGAUGAUUGGUUGCCGAUAACAUCCUCUAGGAACGCAAAAUGGUGAUACUCUGCGUUUCACAAUGUCACUGCCAUGGUUGGUGCUGGUGUACUCAGCUUGCCCUACGCCAUGUCCAACCUCGGAUGGGGACCUGGAGUGACAAUAAUGAUAAUGUCAUGGGUCAUAACGUUUUACACAUUGUGGCAAAUGGUGGAAAUGCACGAGAUGGUUCCAGGGAAGAGGUUCGACAGGUACCACGAGUUAGGUCAGCAUGCGUUUGGGGACAAGCUCGGAUUGUGGAUUGUGGUGCCACAACAGCUGAUAGUUGAAGUAGGAGUGAACAUUGUGUACAUGGUGACUGGAGGAAGGUCAUUGAAAAAAAUCCAUGAUCUUCUUUGCACUGAUUGCAAAGACAUAAGAACAACAUUUUGGAUCAUGAUCUUUGCUUCUGUACAUUUUGUUCUCUCCCACCUCCCUAACUUUAACUCUAUAUCUGCUGUCUCCCUCGCUGCUGCCGUUAUGUCCUUGAGUUACUCGACAAUCGCUUGGGGAGCAUCGGUGAAGAAAGGGGUUCAACCAGAUGUUGACUAUACGUUUAGAGCCUCGACGAACUCAGGAAAAAUAUUCAACUUCAUGAAUGCCUUGGGAGAUAUCGCAUUUGCGUAUGCGGGUCACAAUGUUGUGUUGGAGAUUCAAGCUACUAUUCCUUCAACACCUGAGAAACCAUCCAAGAUCCCAAUGUGGAGAGGAGUGGUAGUUGCCUACAUCGUGGUCGCCAUUUGCUAUUUCCCCGUUGCAUUUGGUUGCUAUUACAUUUUUGGAAACAAUGUGGACGACAACAUUCUUAUGUCAUUGGAGAAACCCACUUGGCUUAUCGUUAUGGCUAAUGCAUUCGUGGUUGUCCAUGUUAUUGGAAGCUAUCAGAUAUUCGCAAUGCCGGUUUUCGAUAUGCUCGAAACCUUUUUAGUUAAGAAGAUGAUGUUUGAUUCUUCCUUCAAACUCCGUUUCAUCACUCGAACCCUAUAUGUUGCUUUAACCAUGUUCGUUGCAAUAUGCAUUCCGUUUUUCGGUGGAUUACUCGGAUUUUUUGGAGGAUUCGCCUUUGCUCCAACAACUUACUACCUACCAUGCAUCAUGUGGCUGAUUCUCAAGAAACCAAAGAAGUAUGGAUUAUCUUGGUCUAUUAACUGGUUCUGCAUAGUAAUAGGUGUUAUGUUGACGGUCAUAGCUCCUAUUGGUGGCCUCAGAAACAUCAUUAUCUCCGCCAAAGGCUACAAGUUCUUCUCUUGA